AUGACAUCCCGCCCUCGUCGUGCAGCCGCCCAGAGGGCAAAUACGGCUAUAACUGACAUGGUCGAUAGCGACAACCAUAUCAAUAGUCGUACGGGCAGAACAAUGUCCUCCAGGACUUCUCGCCGAUCUGAGGGUAAGAGUGCCGCGGCAUCUGACUUGCGCGGUCCUCCUUCCGAACCCUCAGAUUCUAACCAGCAUAUCCAUUUUACAGUUAAGCUUCCAGCAAGCAAGCUUCGCCAGGCUACUUCUAGCCGCCAGCAACCUUCAACUCCUAGAGCCGGGGAUGGAAAGCGGAAUCGUUCUCAGAAGAAGAGCUACGUUGUAGAAUCUAGCGAAGACGACGAAGACGAGGCUGAAGACGAAGUUCAAGUUGAAGAGGAUGACGACGACGAUGACGAUGACGACGAUGAAGAUGCCGAGGGAGAAGAUGACGACAUGGCGGAUGAAGACGCCGAAGGUGAAAUCGUUGUCGACGACACUAUGGACAUCGAUGCCGAAGGAGAUGACGAUGACCUUGGUGAAGAAGAUGCCGAGGGCGAAGACGACGACAUGGAUGUGGAUCCCAUUCCCCCUCCAGCACCUGUAAUCAAAGUCUCAAAGCCUCAAGCUAAGAGCACCCCUGUCGGCAAGUCAAAGGCCCCUACUAAAUCUAAUUUGAAGGCUGCCGCCUCUCAAGCUAAGGACAGCGACGACGAUGAGGAACUCAGUGAACUUGAAAGCGACGCCGACGAAAUUCAGGAUACUGUUAAAGUCGGAGGGGGCGACGAAGAAGACGCCGAAGGAGAGGAUGAAGAAAUCGAGGCAACUAAUAUCGCCGAGGACGACGAAGACGAUGAUAGUGACGGCGGCGCCGAAACCCCCGACCUCACACGAAUGACUAAACGACAGCAGGUACAAGCAAAGAAGCAUUUCACGGCUGAGGAACUCUCUAUGCGCCGUGCCGAGAUGGCUCGCCGACGUCGUAAUUUGAGUGAGAAGCGGAACGAGGAAGUCAAGAUGGAGACUAUAAAUAAGCUGCUUAAAAAGCAGGCCCCCAAGACUAACCGCAAGUCUCAACUUGCUGGAGAGCUGUCUCCUGAUGCUGAAUCUCGGAAACCUAAUCCGGUGUUUGUCAGAUGGAUUAGCAGCAAAGACGGUAGCCGAGUCGGUGUUCCUGAUGAGAUGCUUUCUGGGCCAUCCGGUAGAGUUUUCGUCCCAGGUGGCCUUGGGCGUGGGAAGAUGGUAGAGGAAGUCUCGUAG